UCAAAUCGACGGAAGAAUGAGCGGGGCUACCCAGUCUGUAAACCCUACACCGAGUCGGUGUCCCUAGGUGGCAGCAUAUCGCCGAUGAGUUGAUAACAUGUCGCUUUCUUCCCCCAGAAGAAGCUUCGUUUCGUUUUUCAGGAAACACGAUAUACUUCCCAAGCCACGAGAGAUGAGCCAUUCUUGGAAGAUGCUUGGUGCUGCUGGUCAUGGGGACAGACAUCCUCUGUUCGGAGGAGCUAUAUCAGCUAGAAUCCCACACAGUGCCAGGGACAUCAGUGAUGUGAGAGAGGUUCCAGACAACCAGGAGGUGUUUGCCCAUGGCCACACCGACCAGAGUCUCAUAGUGGAGCUGUUAGAGUUCGAGAGUAAAGUCGAAGACCAAGACGCCGCGAAGUAUCACUUUGAGGACAUCGCAGGGAGUAACAAGGCACUGAAGCCGGGGACAUGUGAUGUCACUAGUGUUGUGCCCCUCUCUAAGUCAGAGCUCUCCCUGUCAGAAUGCAGUUCUGCCUGGCUGCUGAAUGGUGCACAAUGUGUAUCUAAAUUCAACGAGGAAGCCAGAAAUGCUGUGACGAUCCACCUGGGACUGUUUCGCCUACCGCAGUUCUCCACAGACGUCCUAGUAACUUUCAACGACCCCCUCAGCAUCAGCCCCGACAGCAGCAGCAUCAGCAGUGCAUCCGGAACACAAUCUUCAGAACCAUGGACCGUGCAAGACUUCCAUCGCUUGUUACACUCUUUAACACUACACGAGCCUGGAUUGUUUGGUUAGCUUGAUGGGACCUCACUCUGCCCAGUGAAUAAAGUUUAAAUUGCCUACUAAACAUGCCUAUGUAGUUAUAACAUGACAUUUCACCUCGGGAAUCAAUCAAUUACAGUUGUAUAUCGUUGCAGAAGAACGAUGAAAAACUAAAACAAACAAAAACUGUCUUGUAAUUUAAUUAACUUGUUUUGUUGCAAAAAACCUGAUGGCCUUAUGUUUAUUUUGCUUUUUUAUUUUUUGGAAUAAAUCCAAUUCCUUUAGGCUAUAUGAAGAAAAAAAAGGAUUUAAAAACAUGGCCUAAAUGUUAUUAUUUUAAAUGUUGGGUUAAGCCAAGAGCAAGCUGCUUUUAUUGACAAUAGGCUACAAUAACCUUUGAAGGUGUGACAUGAUCUUAAGGGCAAAAUUGAUGACGCUUUCUCUCAAAGGAGACAUUAUACCACCGGGGUCCUCUACGAAUAGUCAAAUCUCCUAACCUUUAUGCCUACUUUCCUUAACCUGUGUGGAAAACGUCAUCGGGUGAAGGAGAGAUGAAAGGGUGGUUCCUUUCGAACAUAAAGACAGCACUGUUUCAAAUGAAUUAGGGCCUUUACGAAUAGUCAGAUCUCCUAACCUUUAUGCCUCGAUCCUUUCCUUAACCUUUGAGAAAAACGGAAUCCUGUCAAGGAGAUGAAAAGGUGCUUCCUUUCGAACAUAGGAAAAGACAGCACUGUUUAAAAUGAAUUCGACUCCACUCUUCCUAACCGACGUCAUUGCGCAACGGCGGGUAUUGCCGACCUCUAGCGUCUCUAUAGUGUGAAACUACAAUUUUCCGAAGAUUGACUAAAACAAGCGCUCUUUGAUCCAUGCGUUAUUGUCGUAUUGAUUUCAAUCAGGUUAUCGCCAACAGCAGGGACGUGCACAGGGGGGUUGCUCAGGUUGCUUGGGCAACUGCCCAUAUGCCCUCCUCGACUCACGUUGCCCUUCCGAGAAAAAAAAAAAAAAAGAUUUUUUUUUUUUUUUAUCAUUUAAUGGAUGCAGAAUUUCAUGUAGGCCAAGAUAAAAAAAAUCGCCACUCGAAACAUUUCAUA